UUGUGGCUGCGUAUCAGAACCUCCACUUCCCACCAGGACUUCCGAAAGUACCCGAAUAAUGGUACUGGCUCAGAUGAAAGUCUAUCAGUGAAUCAGGGUAUUUUGGAGUUAUGCGAGAUUUAAAAGUGAGUGACGUAGAAAAUCCAUGUCAUCUGAAGUGGAUACUGUCGGAAGUGGAUGUCGUGGAAAAGGGCAAUCGGAAGCGGAUGUUGUGGGAGAUGCACGUCGCCGGAAGGAGAUUUUGUGGGAAGUGGAGGUCGCAGAAAGUGGAUGACAUGCGAAAUGGAUGUCGUGUCACAAUCUGGUGAUGUUGAUGAACAAGCUGCCGCAGAUGAUACUGGACCCAAUGAGGGAGAACAUGAGAUCGAGUUGGGAGAAGUCGUCAGAUAUGGCCACGAGAAGGCGGAUCCUUCUCAGUUCGAACUCCUCAAAGUUCUCGGAGAAGGAUCCUUCGGGAAGGUGUUUCUCGCGAGGAAAGUCGUAGGCAACGACGCUGGCACCCUCUACGCUAUGAAGGUGUUGAAGAAAGCCACAUUGAAAGUGCGGGAUCGUCAUCGUACCAAAAUGGAGAGGAACAUACUGGUGGAAGUGGAACAUCCUUUCAUCGUCAAGUUACACUACGCCUUCCAGACCGAAGGGAAGCUCUAUUUGAUUCUGGAUUUCCUCAGAGGCGGGGAUCUGUUCUCGCGGCUGAGCAAAGAGGUUAUGUUUACCGAGGAAGAUGUUAAAUUCUAUCUGGCAGAACUUGCACUAGCCUUGAACCACUUACAUUCCUUAGGAAUCAUCUACAGGGACCUAAAGCCUGAAAACAUACUGUUGGAUUCCGAUGGACACAUAGCUUUAACAGACUUUGGUCUUUCCAAGUUGCCUUUGGAAGAGGGAAAGGCCUAUAGCUUUUGUGGAACGGUGGAAUACAUGGCUCCAGAAGUAGUGAACAGAAAGGGGCACACUUUCGCUGCCGACUGGUGGUCUUUCGGGGUCCUCAUGUUCGAAAUGUUGACAGGCGCACUGCCGUUCCAGGGUUCUGAUCGUAAAGAGACCAUGACGCAGAUCCUGAAGGCGAAGCUCGGCAUGCCAACUAACCUCAGUCCGGAAGCACAGAGCCUGUUGAGGGUUUUAUUCAAACGAAAUCCAGCAAAUAGAUUAGGUGCGGGUCCAGCAGGAAUUGAGGAUUUGAAGAAACACGAAUUUUUCGCCACGUUGGACUUCAAUGCUUUAUUAGCCAAGAAGAUCAGGCCUCCAUUCCAACCAGCGGUGUGCGGACCCGAAGACGCAUAUUUCGAUACUGAAUUCACCAGCAAAACUCCUAAAGAUUCACCAGGAGUUCCCGCCAGUGCUAAUGCUCACGAGUUAUUUAGAGGGUUUAGUUUCAUAGCACCAUGUCUUCUAGACGGUGCAAUCGUACCUAAAAUGAUAGACGUUCCGGUGAAUUCCAUGCGAACAUGCGACCAGAACUUUUCAGAGGACUACGUUUUGAUGGACAUUAUUGGAACAGGCAGUUAUAGCGUUUGUAGGUUAGCCAGACACAAAACAACAGGACAGCAAUAUGCGGUGAAGAUCAUUAACAAAUCGCUGUGCGACUGCAGAGAAGAAGUUGAAAUCCUCUUGAGGUACGGCAAACAUCCUGGGAUUGUGUCUUUGAAAAAUGUCUACGAGGAUGAGAGUAAAGUUUAUCUGGUGUUGCAGUUACUCAAAGGAGGGGAUUUAUUGGACUAUAUGAUUGCAAAGAAGAGGUUAUCUGAGCCGGAGUCUGCGGCGAUGCUGAAAACUCUGGCCACCACAGUUGCCUACUUACACGAAAACGGAGUCGUUCACAGAGAUUUGAAACCAGCGAAUAUUCUGUUCGCCUCUGAAGAUUGGGCUCUGGAUUCUGUUACAAUCUGUGAUAUGGGUUUCGCCAAACAGUUAAGGGCGGAAAACGGCCUAUUGAUGACACCGUGUUAUACUGCCAAUUUCGUGGCUCCCGAAGUUUUAAAACGCCAAGGUUAUGACGCAGCCUGCGAUAUUUGGUCUCUAGGGGUAAUUCUGUACAUAAUGCUCUCUGGAAGGUGUCCUUUCAACACGACGGCCAGCAAUAGUCCCCAGAAGAUCCUGCAAAGGAUAAGCUCGGGAAAACUGGAUUUACAGAGUGGGCGCUGGUCAGGAGUAUCAAGCGAUGCCAAAAUGCUAGUCACCGACAUGCUCCAUACCUCGCCCCAAAGGAGGCCGACCGCUGCGCAAAUAGUGAAAAAUAAUUGGGUGUGCACGCAAACGAUGUUAUUUUACCAAUCACGGACUGCUCCAGUGGGAAACAGCCAGAACCGCGACGUCCACUCGAUGAGCGAGUCGCACCUCAAAGAGACCGUCGAGGCUACUUUCCGGGCUAUCGCCACUUCCCCGCAGAUAGCUCACUUGGGACCUGUGGCAAUGUCGGAGCUCGCCCGGAGACGGUUUAAAGACAAGGCGCUGACGAGGGUGCGAAACGAGGCAGGAGGAGAGUACUGAAUAAAGGAAGUUGAGGAGGAGAAGUUUUCGCCAGAUGGUUUGAGGAGGUUUAUAGAGGUUAAUAAAAAAUGAUGUGAUAAAACUAAUAUUUUUACCGUUGGCGAGGAUAUCACAAAUAUUUAUUAUUGUUAAUAAUAAUUUCUUCCAGUAAGCAAAUUUUUUAUCAUGGGUGUACUUGUCUGUGUGUUUAUAUUUUUGUUACUCUGUUUGUUUUCCUCUUUACAUUUCUGAAACAACAUUUUUCCAGAAUUCAAUUGUUUCUGGAAUUAUUGGAAUGUUGAACAUUCCUGUUGGAAUUAAAGAUGAACUAUGCUCUCUGACUUUACAUUGAAUUGUUAUAUGAUCACCGAAAAAAUCGAAUUGAGACAGAUAUGAUAAACAAACGAGGUAAUUCUUUCAAUAUACUAAUUUUGGCACACCCUUGUAUAUCAAACUCUAACUUGUCAUGCUAUUAUUUUGAAUUAUAGAGGUUAAGGUGUUAGCACUAAUGAACCACUCAGAAGUUGCCAAUCGUAACGUUAGUCAAUUGAAAAAUAUUGUCUACAACUGUUGAGCAGAAGUGAUAACUCACUUGUGACUUUUUCUUUGACAUUGGUAACAUUAUAAGAAUCAAGUGGCUUAUCAUUGGUGAAAUAAUUGUUAAAUCCUCCCCAUUAAUCGUUUGAAUUGUCUUCAGCACUUGAUGUAUUGGACGUUCUAUCAAAAUCACCUAAAGUCUUUCACUUUCAUUUCAAAAGAAAGAGUGGUACUGUGGUCAAGUGGUUCUGAAAAGAUAACUCGUUCAUAACUUAUUUCAACCAUGUAGUGACUUUAGUGACCUGCUUCCAACAAAUGUAACAUCAUAUAAUAAUCUAGUUUUUUUAUAAUUGAAUUGUGAUUAUAAUUCGAUAGUGACUUCGAACAUAAAUAUACCAGUUUAAUGCGACACCUCAAUAGAAAAAUGAGGUAAAAUUACACUGUAGUGACUUAUGAGAAUUUCAUUUCUCAGAAGCGUAACCACCACAUUUUCACUGUAUAACUUUAAAGUUCACUAGUGACUUCAUGAUAUCCAAUAAUUAUUAUAGUCACUUGAGUCACUUGUUAUUAGUGGCUUAUGAUAACACCAAGUGACCUUGUGAUAAUAGCACCAAGUGACUUCAUUCAAUUGAAAUACAUAUAUUGAGUUGGCUACUAUUAUGUUACCUCCACAUAGUCUUUGAAAUGGCUAAAUUGUGCAGUUUUCUCAUUGUGGACAGCCAGUGAUUUCUUGGGAAACUUAAAAUGAGUUAUAUAUGAGAAAUAAAUACUGCAAGUGAGUUCAAUAAACUAUUUAAUAAUU